AUGAGAUUGGUGCUGAGAGACCAUGGACCAUUUUAUUUUGUUCAAAAAUGUAAUCCUUCCUCUUGUAUUUCUUGUUGCAGCUCCUGGUGGUCUCAUGUGGAGAUGGGACCCCCUGAUCCUAUUUUGGGGGUCACUGAAGCCUUUAAACGAGACACCAAUGCUAAGAAGAUGAACCUGGGUGUUGGGGCAUACCGGGACGAUAACGGAAAGCCAUAUGUCCUGAACAGUGUCCGCAAAGCAGAGGCCCAAAUAGCUGCUAAGAAGAUGGACAAGGAGUACUUACCCAUUGCAGGACUGGCGGAGUUCAAUAAGGCAUCAGCUGAGCUGGCACUGGGUGACACCAAUGAGGUUAUCAAGAAUGGCCGGUAUGUCACUGUGCAGACCAUUUCUGGGACUGGAUCUCUAAGAGUUGGAGCCAGUUUCUUGCAACGAUUCUUCAAGUACAGCCGUGAUGUGUACCUGCCUAAACCAUCCUGGGGCAAUCACACCCCCAUUUUCAGGGAUGCUGGCAUGCAGCUGCAUGCCUAUCGCUAUUAUGAUCCCAAAACUUGUGGUUUUGACUUCGCUGGAGCCUUGGAUGACAUUUCUAAAAUUCCUGAGCAGAGUGUCAUUCUUUUCCAUGCCUGCGCUCACAACCCCACUGGCGUGGACCCCCGACCAGAGCAAUGGAAAGAGCUGGGUGCUGUAGUAAAGAAAAGGAAUCUCUUUGCAUUCUUUGACAUGGCGUACCAGGGCUUUGCCAGUGGGGACAUAAACCGGGAUUCCUGGGCUGUGCGGCAUUUUAUUGAGCAAGGCAUUAAUGUUGUUCUGUCUCAGUCCUAUGCCAAGAACAUGGGUCUCUAUGGGGAGCGUGUGGGUGCCUUCUCCGUGAUCUGCAAGGAUGCAGAUGAAGCCAAGAGAGUGGAAUCCCAGCUGAAGAUCCUGAUCCGCCCUAUGUAUUCAAACCCACCAAUCAAUGGAGCUCGCAUAGCUGCCACCAUCCUGACCGCUCCUGACCUGCGGAAGGAAUGGCUGGAAGAGGUGAAAGGGAUGGCGGAUAGGAUCAUUGGCAUGCGCAAACAACUGGUGGCCAACCUCAAGAAAGAAGGCUCGUCCCACAACUGGCAACACAUCACCGACCAAAUUGGAAUGUUCUGUUACACAGGGCUGAAACCGGAGCAGGUGGAGCAACUAACCAAGGAAUUCUCCAUAUACAUGACAAAAGAUGGCCGGAUCUCCAUGGCAGGGGUCACAUCUGGUAAUGUGAAUUAUCUAGCUGGUGCAAUACAUCAAGUCAGCAAGUAAACACAGUGGAGCAGAUGGCCUUUCCUUCAACGGUCUUUGAACUUUGACGCAAGAGGAUGAACGGGAGAUUGCAUUUGGGCAUUGGGGCAAGCAGAAUGUUUACUGUCAACCACAGCACUUGACUGUCAUGUAAUGUAUCUCGUGUACCAGCCCAGCUAGAAGCAUCAGCAUAUCCUAGCCAAAGCCACCUGCCUUCUGACAGGGAUGUCACUGGUUCCUGCUGCUUUCUUCAGAAAUAACUUUGUUACCCACCCUCUUCCCUAUACAGACACCCUUCAGGCUUUAAACAUCUUGGCAGAACUCCUGCAUCUAGAAUGAUAGAAUGCUGAGCGAAGUCUGUGCCCAUCCCUUACUUGGGAGGGGAGAAGGCUUCAUAAUAUAGCUCAUUUAGAAACAGUAACUGAACUAAAACAGGAUCAAGGCCCUAGCUUCCACCCCAAAGAUCAAGUAAAGCAUCACUACAUUCAUGUACAGCCCUACUGUCUAGUACAGAUUCUUCACUUGCUUUAAUCCAAUCAUUUGCAGAAUGCCUCUUAAGAUGAAAAGUUUGUACAUAAUUGAAGGUUUCUGUGCUCCUCCAGAUUGGUGGAUUCCAGGAGUGAAUGUGGCGCACAGCUUUUGCUCUAAUGAUUUUUAAAACUUGCUUGAAAUCCCAAAUAAUUAACCCUUUGCUUGUCAGCUUGGAUCACUAAUUUAUUUUAAAAUUGCUCCCUCUUUAGAGUGCUACAGAUAGUACCAGGUGUUCUCUCCUUUCAUGUUUCUACCACCUUUUACAGCCAUAAAAGCAGGGAGGGAGCACUUUUCAGUGACCAAUUGCAGAAAGGCUACAGAGGGUCUGAAUUUGAUUGUGAACAAAUAAAACUGAAAAGCUUUAGGGAAUUCCUGAUAUCAAAGCCUGUGCAAUUUCUGGCCUUCCUAAUCAUGAAUCUCACUUCGGUUAGAGAAACAAGUGUUGCUGUGUUAGGGCCUGUAAGUCAGAUCAGUGCCUCCUGGGGAUGUCAUUUUUCACUUCAAUCUUGUUGGGAAACAUGGCUUGCUUCAUUUUCUCUCUUUCUCCCUUGGAAAGCAAAGUGCUUCUUCCUGCUCUAAGAUACUACUCUGAGAAGUGGCCCCCUUUUUGCCUAACUUGGUUGUAGUGUAUACAUAAUGACGACCAACUUGAGCUGUUAGAUAUGUUAAAUUUCUGCUUUCUCUCGAGAGCCGAGAGUGUGCUGGUUUGAUUUCCUUAUGCGUCCACAGACCUAAUUGGCCCUGGGUUUGAAAUUUUGUUAGAUAUGCAUAACUUCCAAGGGGGUUGUGCCAAGAGAGUAUACUUAACUAGAACUAUCAGCAUUAAUGAUCAUUUGUAGGAGGGAAAGAUCCCAGUGUGAAGGGGUGCUCAUUUAAAAAAAAAAAAAAACUCUCUCCUUGUAAACCAAGAGCUGUUUCUUGGCAACUGAUCGAUAAUUAAGGAAAUCCCCUGAUGUCUGUUCUUCCAUAGUCACUCCUUAGAGUGGAAGUGGACCCUAAAUAGAACCUCUUGUAUGCAACUUGAACCCAUACUGAUCAAUUCUGGCUUUGCAGUGUUGAUCAGCUGAAGCUGACUUGUAUGAGCCCCUUCCCCUUUAUAUCUUCCACAGUGUGUGUCAUUUUACAGCGAGUGAGCUGUUGACAUAGUUCUGUCCCCCAAACCCAGUUUCAGGGUACAUUUUCAGCCUUGCAUUUAAAUGUCUUGAGUGAUGUUUAAAGCCCAUGGCUUCCCAUUGAUAUGAGUAGGGGUUACUUAGCUAAAUCUCCAAUCUACUUCUUAAACUAAUUGGAACACUUUGAAUGGAAAUAGUUUGCAUUAAGGCCUGCUGAUCUGUUGUAACCAACAAUAAAGUGUUUCUGUGCUGUAAGGUGGCAUGGAGUUCAGUUGCUGAAAGCAGAGGCAUGAAUGUGAACAUACAUGAGGUAGAUACAUACAAGUUGCUGUUUCCAGCUCUGAUCCCUCAUCUCUGGGGUUUUUUUUUGGGGGGGGGGGUUUGCUUCCCACUUGCUCCGAGACUAAGUGGCUCCAUUGCUCUCACCUGUACAUGGGGAUUUUCCUAACUUAGUCCCUAUGGGCUUUCUGUUGCUAUGUAGCUGUCACUUCUGUAGUUUCUUUCAGUGAACAUCUGAGAAUAUCCUGGUCAAUCCUAAGCAGCUACCUCUAUGCCCAGGAGAAAAAGGCAUAAAGGAGGAUUCUAACCUGUCUCAAGUAAAGAGAAGUUGAUUGCACUUUAAUUGCAGUGGUGAUGUACAUGUCCUCCUGGGAGUUACUGAUGCUACCUGCCCCAAAGCCUUUGCUACUUUCUCUCUCGUGCAUCUGGUCAAGGAUUGACAUUUCUGUGCUAUGGUUGUAAACUUCUGUGUGCUUCCAGUUCUGAUCUUCACCCUUCUAGGCAAAACCAUCUGCCAUCGUGUACUGUAACCGUUUAGGCCUUUAUGCAGCCUGUUCUCUCUGAUGCAAUAAAAAUACAGCUAGAGUGUA